GGACCACAGGCGCUGGCGGCUUGCGUCACUGCCCACGGCAUUGUCGGAGGGCUCCCCCAGGCUCUCUGAGUCUGCGGCCUCGAUGUCUUUUCCCCGGUGCGCCUUGUUGUGGGCUCGGCUCCCGGCCGGACGCCAGGCUGGCCACCGGGGCGCCGUCUGCUCUGCCCUUCGCGCUGUCUGUGGGCCCUCUUCUGGGGCUCUAGGGCGCACCCCUGCCCUUGCAGCCUCCUCUUCCUCUGAGUCCGGUGGCUCUAAAGCCCCGAACACAUCCUUGUUCGUGCCCCUAAUUGUGAAGCCUCAGGGCCCCAGAGCCGAUGGCGACGUCGGGGCCGAGCUAACCCGGCCUCUGGACAAGAAUGAAGUAAAGAAGAUCUUAGAUAAGUUUUAUAAGAGGAAAGAAAUUCAGAAACUGGGUGCUGAUUAUGGACUGGAUGCUCGUCUCUUCCACCAAGCUUUCAUCAGCUUUAGAAAUUAUAUUAUGCAAUCUCAUUCCCUGGAUGUGGACAUUCACAUUAUUUUGAAUGAUAUUUGCUUCAGUGCAGCUCAUGUGGAUGAUUUAUUUCCAUUUUUCUUGAGACAUGCCAAACAGAUAUUUCCUGUGUUGGAAUGUAAAGAUGAUCUACGUAAAAUUAGUGACUUAAGAAUACCACCUAACUGGUACCCAGAAGCCAGAGCUAUACAGCGGAAGAUAAUAUUUCACUCAGGCCCCACAAACAGUGGAAAAACUUAUCAUGCAAUACAGAAAUACUUUUCAGCAAAAUCUGGAGUGUACUGUGGUCCUUUAAAAUUACUGGCACAUGAGAUCUUCGAAAAGAGUAAUGCUGCUGGUGUGCCAUGUGACUUAGUGACAGGUGAAGAACGUGUGACAGUUGAGCCGAGUGGGAAACAGGCUGACCACAUUUCUUGUACUGUUGAGAUGUGCAGUGUUACGACUCCUUAUGAAGUGGCUGUACUUGAUGAAAUUCAGAUGAUUAGAGAUCCAGCCAGAGGAUGGGCCUGGACCAGAGCACUUUUAGGACUCUGUGCUGAAGAAAUCCAUUUGUGUGGAGAAUCUGCUGCUAUUGACCUGGUCACUGAGCUUAUGCACAUGACUGGCGAGGAAGUGGAGGUUCGAAACUAUAAGAGGCUUACCCCCCUUUCUGUGCUGGAUUGUGCACUAGAAUCUUUAGAUAACCUUCGGCCUGGGGACUGCAUUGUCUGUUUUAACAAGAAUGAUAUUUAUUCUGUGAGUCGACAGAUUGAAAUUCGAGGGUUGGAAUCAGCUGUUAUAUAUGGCAGUCUCCCACCUGGGACCAAACUUGCUCAGGCAAAAAAGUUUAAUGAUCCCAGUGAUCCGUGCAAAAUCCUGGUUGCUACAGAUGCAAUUGGCAUGGGACUUAAUUUGAGCAUAAAGAGAAUUAUUUUUUAUUCCCUUUUAAAACCCACUAUAAAUGAAAAGGGAGAGAAAGAAAUAGAACCAAUCACCACCUCUCAAGCCCUGCAGAUUGCUGGCAGAGCUGGCAGAUUCAGCUCACAGUUUAAAGAAGGAGAAGUUACAACAAUGAAACAAGAAGAUCUUGGUUUAUUAAAGGAUAUUUUGAGUAGGCCUGUGGAUCCUAUAAAGGCAGCCGGUCUUCAUCCCACUGCCGAGCAGAUUGAAAUGUUUGCCUACCAUCUCCCAGACACAACACUUUCUAAUCUCAUCGAUAUCUUCGUAGACUUUUCACAAGUUGAUGGGCAUUAUUUUGUCUGCAAUAUGGCUGAUUUUAAAUUUUCCGCAGAGCUGAUCCAGCACAUCCCAUUAAGCCUCCGAGUGAGGUAUGUGUUUUGCACAGCCCCAAUCAACAAAAAGCAGCCUUUUGUCUGCUCUUCACUAUUACAGUUUGCCAGGCAGUAUAGCAGGAAUGAGCCCCUGACCUUUGCGUGGUUAUGCCGAUACAUCAGAUGGCCUUUAUCUCCACCUAAGAAUAUUAAGGACCUUAUGGAUCUUGAAGCUGUCCAUGAUGUCUUGGAUCUUUACCUGUGGCUAAGCUACCGAUUUAUGGAUAUGUUUCCAGAUGCCGUCUUUGUUCGAGACAUUCAGAAAGAACUGGAUGGUAUUAUCCAAGAUGGGGUAUUCAACAUUACCAGGCUGAUUAAAAUUUCUGAGUCAAAUAAGCUUUUGAAUCUGGAGGGCUUGUCAUUGGGGAACCAGGCCCUUUUGUCCUUAAAGGGCCAGACUAGAAGGACACGCAUCACCAAGGCUGCAGGGAGCAAAACGGAUGAGCCAGCCAGCCCUGGCGCUGGGAACAUAACCCUUGCUUCCAGAUUGGUGCAGCAAGGACUCCUCACUCCAGACCUGCUGAGGCAGCUAGAGAAAGAGUGGUUGACACAACAAACUCAAGAGGACAAGGAAAGAAGAGAGUCUGGGACCCACUUGAAAGGCUCAAGAAGAAAGAAGAAGGAGCCCAACUCUGAUUAG